CGAAGGAUUUUUGAAAUGGCCGGAGCUUUAUUUCAAGCGCGCUGCUGCCAUGCUAACGGUCUUUCAACACAAAGGCAGCAAAUUGUAAUGUUUAUAGGAUGGCAUUGUCAAUGUGUCCAAUAAACUUUAAUGUUGUCUUUAUGCAUGUCAUGUAAAAUGAAGAAAAAGGGUUCUCCUGAAUUACAGUACAUGGUAUAGCAGGGUGUUAGCUAGCCCAUGUACUGUCCGUUUGACGGACUCUUGCCAAUUGAAGUAGCUAAGGGGCUUUUCCGACUGGGUCUACUAGAAGAUUUUCAUUUUGUCUAUGAGAAAGUGCAUUUGCAUUUGAUUUUAUAUUAUUAUAUCAAAGAACGUUUUAUUUACUUUUUCCCAUUAACUAUUUUCUCAAAAUGUAUCGCGUUUCAUUCACAUUAGGUGUGUAUUCACUGAAAUGAAAUGUACAAAAUAAAGUGUAAUCGGUGUGCAUCCGUUUCCAUUCACCGGAAAUGAAAUAUACAAAACGAAGUGCCAUCGAGUGCAUUUUCAGUGUUCAUUCACUGGAAAUGAAAUGUACAACACCAAGCUGCCGUUGUUUGCAUCUAAGGAGAAACACGUUGGAAAAAAAACACUAUUUAUUCCUACACAAGGACUUUGAUCGGUCAAAAAAACUUUCCCAAUUUACGUUUAACGGACAAAACUUUUUUCUUCUGGCUAACACCCUGUAUAGCAUAAUGCAAAAACCUUAUAAGGGAGCCACGUUAAGCAUGCAGAAAUUCUAGUUUUGUGAUUCUACACUUUUAAUUACCUGCAAUUUUUGUGAUUGUACAGUGUCCAAAAUCAUAAAUUUAGAAUGUAUAUGCUAUCAUGGCGAUGCUAUAAUUCCCGGUAUCAACAAAGCAGCAUGCCUCAUUUCUCCACAUUCUAUUUUUUUGUAGCCGUAUUAAAGGGAACAGUUAAAGCAGCGAUAAACGAAUUCCACGAAAAGACGUGUUUAAAGUUCGUUCCACAUACAAAUGAGAAAAACUGGAUACGAUUUGUAAGAAAAUCGGGGUGAGUUUCAUGUAUGAAUGAAAUUCAUUUGUUCAUGUUUCCACCAUUAAAUUAAUAGACAGUGAUUAAUUAUAAAUUGGUGCGGCUAUGUUAGUCCGAAAUUCAAGAAACAACCCACCGGGCACACGACGUUGUUUCAACGUUGAAAUUUGGUAGAAAAAAGGUUGCGACGUCGACAACCUAGUAUCUACGUUGCUCUGACGUUGUUUUACAAACAUUGGUUCAACAGCAGCCAACAGACGUUGAAUUAACGUUCAUUCAUGGUUAAAUGUACGACGUUGAUUUGUGAACCAAUCUCAACGUUGUUUUAAGUGGAUUCAACGUUGAAUUAUGGUUGACGAGAUUGGCAACCUAAUUUCAACGUUGUUUCAACGUCGAAACAGUAACGUCGAUCCAAUUUGCAUAGUCAACCCUUUUUCAACGUCUAUCCAACGUCUGGAAGGUCAUUUCCAACGUUGAUUCAACGUUGGAUAAACGUCAUUUUGCCCGCUGGCAAAUGGCGAGAUUUUUUUUUUUAUUUUUACCAGAAACCUUUACAGGCUUUUUUGUUUAGGCCCUUAUAUUUGUGGUUCAUAAUGAGGUUAAUUAAUAUAUUUGCAGUUAAAGAUAAUUUAAAAAGUAAUUUUUAGAAUAUAUGGUAUUUACAAAAAGAAGGAUAGAUGAUAAAGCAGAAGUUUACAAUAAAAUAUAAUUAUGUUAAAAUAUUAAUAAAAUAUGAAGACCGUAUCAUUUUAUACAGGAUUUAGUAAAAAAUACUGAUUAGUUUGUUAAAGGCUUCGAUUUUUAUAGAUUACAAGCUCUGCGAGAAAUGAUUAGUGAUUUCUAAGGAGCUUAUUGCUGCGUUCAAAAACAAUACAAUAUUUUCCGAAUAUUAUAUUUACAAAACUGGGAACCCUAUAGCCUGUGCUGACUCGUCCCCAGUCGCUUACUUAACGCGCGUUGAAUUACCCAACGCGCGCUGAAUGAUGGGAAUGCACCUCGGGGUAUUCCCAUGGUCCUUUGCGUUAUAAGCAGUGUUAGGGACUGUGGAAGAGUCAGUAGCCUGUGUUUCAGUGUACUACAUCGUUGUAUGCAUUUGGGCUCUCAGAUUGCAAGACGUCUAACGUUUUGCCAUAAAAUUAAACUGAUUUCAAAUUAAGGCAGCACUUGCUUGGUGUUGCGCAACACUACUCAACGCAAUUUGCUCAUCCCCUUUAUAGUUGUUGGUCUCGGGUUGGAAAACAGCGUUGGGCAGGAGUUCAAGAAAUAUCUCUAGGUCGUGGUUGCAAUCAUGCUGGAACUGCGAAGCACGAGCUGAUGCAUGCCAUAGGAUUUUGGCACGAACAAUCAAGACCUGAUAGAAAUGAAUAUAUUCAAAUAUUCUGGGAAAAUAUACCGUUAGGUAACAAUUCAAUCGUAUUUGUUGUUUUAAAUUGCAAUUAUAUAGUGAUGCGGUCGACACACAUCCCUGCAUGUCCAGAUAACGCGGCAAAUGUAAAUUAAUGCAAUGGCCAGUCAUAACCAUAGUUUCGACACUCUGAUCUGCAAUUUCAUUCAGUGCUCGUGCUCGUAGACGUUAUAUUUAUUUAUUAUUUAUUAAAAAAUUUCCUGGUUUCUCAUUGGCUAACAGCCAACUGUGAAAUUGUCAUAUCAACUCAAUGACUAACCAAAUAUGGAUUUUUCACAUUCAUACUGUAUUAGCAAAAUGACGUCAAAGAGUCAAUAUGAAUCAAUAUGAAAGAAUUAGGACGCGUUUGCGCCAUAUUACUAUGACGACGAGAAUCAUAUUGACUCGCUGACGACGACUGGUAUGUAUGACGACGACGACGGCUGCCGAAAGACUAAGGAAUUGACUUCGGGCUUGAUAUAUCGUGCUCAACCUCAUUCAAUAAUUGUUAAGUAUACUUAUGUUCGCGAAAAUGAAUGCAAGAUAUUAUAUUAUAGCCUACAAUUAUACAAGAUAUUUGUAAUGAUGUCGAUCCGGGCAUCCGGUUCGAAAAUAAACGUCUUGUUUCGGACAAAAAUCUGAUACCAAUUAACUUAUUUGACGUUCCUUCCUCUUUAUUAACAGACAAACAGCAUAAUUUUAAUAAAUACAGCCAUGGCACGGUUGACAUCCUUCGAACUAAUUACGAUUUCAAAAGCUUAAUGCAUUAUGAGAAAUAUGCGUUUUCCAAGAAUGGUAAGUCUUAUAUGUCAUGCAUGAGUAUACUUCUAGAAAUGCAUCCUUGCAGUAACCCAUCGCCUUUCCAACCUAUAGCAACUAUAUCUGCAGUCUUUGUUGCGACAUGAAGUACUGCAUGCAACUUGAUAGAACGCAGGAUCGUGUUCGCGUUAAGUAACACGAGUUGUCAUGAUAACACUAUUUUUUUUUUACAAAAUUAAUGGGAAAAGUAAUUAAAAGAUUAGUGCUUAAUUAUCAAUUCCCCAAAAGGUAAUGUAGGCAUGUUUUUCAUGCAUCAUAUGAAAAUAGGUUUAUAUUAUUCUGACAAUGCCGAGUAAUUCGUUGUUUUCAGCGGGAUUCGAACUCACAUCGCGUCAACGGGAGAUUGGUAGCAAGUGUUGUUCAAUUUAAGUACACGAAAUUACUAUAUUUUCACGACGACAUUGCGUGUCCUCUAAGAUAAGCGUUAGUCGUCGCCAAAAUAUUAUAAUACCGCACGUUCAUAUACUGUAUAUAUACCAAUCCCAUGGUAAGGUAUAUAGAUAAUAAUUGGGCAACGCAGGGCCGCAGGUUCGAUUCCUGCCAGAGGUCUUAUAAAAUUACGAAGAAACUUUAUUCAAACAAAUACCAAUAUUGGUACAUUGAAUACCUACAUAUACAUUAGUUACAAAAUAUAAAGUAUAAAAAAGACAUUACAGUAUAUAAAUUUAUAUUACAAAUAAUUUGUUCAGGCUAACUCAUGCAAUAGCCUAUAUCAAAAGUUCUUAGUAUAUCGUAGCAAUAUUUUGGAGAUAAUUUCAGAAUAUUUCUAUCUUUCAUACUUAGUAUAUAUUGGAACAAACUUUGUGUAUCAAAAUAUUUAAAUGAUUGCUCAAUUUUAUUGUCGUAAAAAUGUAAACAUUGUGUUACCAUGCACAUGACAUUUGGUAAUGUUGUUUAUUUCCAAAAAAAAAAAUAUAAUAUCCCUUUUAAUUAAAUGUCUAACUAAAUGUAUAAAAUUAUAAUUUAAUCUAAGAAAUUAAGUGAGUGUCAUGUCCAAAAAAAAUCCUGAUAUAUUCAUCUUGAUUUGCUCAGCGACGUUCUGAAUUGAGCAGUCGAAUUCUCAAUGUUGAUUCGCUUAUAGGUCAAGCCACUAUACGUGCGAUAAACCAGCCUGAACUUACACUGGGACAGAGAAUAAGGUUGAGUGAAACUGAUGUCAUCAAAAUUAAUGCAAUAUAUGAUUGUACUGGUAAGUACACAGAAACAAAUAAUCGAAUUAAUUUAACAAGCAUUUCGCGAGAUCCGUGUAGAAGAAAGUUCGCAACCAUGAAGUAAUUUGACAUCGCCGGACUUGUUUUGGAGUGCUAUUCUGGUUUUAAGUAAAUGAGUUCAAAUCCUGGUCGAAUGUUUCGAAUCUCUUUGGUUUAAUGUUUCCACCAGGAGUGAUAUAAAGUCACGUCGUAGCCCCCUAUAUACUCAAAGGAACGUCAAUCGAUAGGGGGAUCUGUUCGAUCCAGCGCAGACUACCCGUGAUCAGGAGAUUAGACUGAAGUGAUGAAAUAUUGGGUCCUCGAUGCAAGUUGUAAGUUUUGCAUUCUUUAGAUCUAUUUAAACCAGAGUAGCAAGCAAAACAUGUCUAAUAUUAAAUCUGGCACUAACUGAAUUAAUUGCGUUUAUUUGGAGAAAUUAUUAUACCAAAGUAUAUCUCUUGUGCACUUAAUUUCAUAUUAUAAUAUUCUAAUCAAUUAUAUAUAGAUUCUGCAUCUGGUGCUUGGAGUCAGUGGUCUGAGUUUAGUCCAUGUUCGUCUUACUGCGAUAAGUUCCGUCAGCGGUUUUGUUCAUCACGAGACCGAGCUAAAGAUUGUCCAGCCGCUGACCAAUAUGGGAUUCAGACUGAAACUGUGAAAUGUUCUGAUAAGGAGUGUUAUGGUAAGAUUGAAGCAUAUAUCUGAACAAGUUUCUCUAAACAACUUUGGCGUGCAUAAUCCGGCCUUCCAAACUAUUGACUCUGCUGGAUACAGUUCUCUGAUACAUUCACGCUAGUACACUCUCUCCUUUGAAACCAUGUUUAGCUACACUCUCAAAUCUCUUUUCACAAUAUCCCUUCUCUCAUCUUCUGUCUCCCACCCAGACCUUAUCAUUCCAAAGAUUCUGAAGAAAAAAAGUGUUAAAAUGAACAAAACUAAAAACUGUAUAUAAGCUCUUAGAAGGCACCUCAGAUUUGAUUGGUUUAUCAAGUUUCUCUCAGUGCUGCUCUUUCAGACAAAAGGAUUUCAGACGAAGAGCCUUCGCUCGUAACGCCGAAGCUUGUUUUUAUGUUUCAGAUAGUUGCACCAUACACACAAGCGGGCCAAAUGUAAAAUUUGACUACAUUGCCUUGCAUGGGUUCGUUCCAUCAAAAGCAUUUCAAAAAUUUGAAAGCCCUUCAAUUAUAUCGCAUUUAUUAUUGUAAUUAUUGUAGUUCCAGUCGCUUCGUUGCUUGUCAAGUAAUAUAAAUACAAGUUCGUAAUAGCUAUUGUUGGUGAAAGUGCCAUCAAUUGAGAAAGCUAGCUUAUAUUGUAGAUUCAUUAUCUUUGUUGGUAUUCAAACCCCCGGCCCAGGGAGUUCUUGAUACCUAAUUUCUGUUAUCAUUUUAGCUCCAGUAGAUGGUCACUGGGGAAGGUGGUCAUCAUGGUCAGCGUGCAGUCCACUGUGUGGACCUGGAAAGAGACAGCGGACACGAAGAUGUGAAGACCCUCCUCCAAGUCAUGGCGGGAAAGAUUGUACUGGCAUUGAGGCACAGAGCAAAGACUGUUUUUAUAAGAAAUGCAGUUUAGGUAUUUGUUUGACAUUGAUUUUUUAGAUCGUGACCGCGUGAACCAACGUUAAUAUAAUAGACGCGUUUAGAAACCCUCGCGCGUUUACAUGCAUGCAGGGCAAAAGCUAUACGACACGGAGCCGCAUGGUAUUCAAGAAAGGGCCAGAAAUUAAAUACAAUAAAAAAUUUCAAUAUUUUACCUCAACUUUAAAUUCUCCAGUCCACAAGCGGCAUUUGUACCGCAUGACAUUCUGGUAUUUACAGUUUCUGAGUUCACUGCAACAGUGCAACCAUCAGGUACAAUAUCAGUCAUGUUUUCGCUCGCUACUUCGGUUAUAAAAUAUGAAUGCGAAACCCAGUCGAAUUGCAUUCACGAGCUAACGUUUCGACACUCCAGUCUAGUAUCUUCAUAGCCUUCACUGGAUUUAUAUUUAUAAUUCAAAUUUGUGUCCAAACAGUGAAUCAUCGAAUCACGUCUUACGUCAUCGUAUUUGACAUAGUGGGUGAUUUCAAUCAUAUCACAUGGAUGAUCUGAUUCGCGUAAACCACGCGCGGCGAUCACGCAUUCAAGAUGGCCGACAAAAUAUAUUACUGAGGGGUGCUGAAUUAAAUUUCAAAGAAUGCUCUUUUUUAAUUUUAAAGCAAAUUUUGAAAAAUGUUAUCAUCAAUAUUCCAACCAAUAUGUGAUUGGAAAGAAAAGUGACAAAUACUUGCUAAUCAAAAUAUAAAACACCAUAUUCACGAAGGUAUCGGCCAGUACUCGUUUCCAACCACCAAACUGUUAUGACGUCAUUGUCGGAAAAUGGAAGAGGUGUUAAAUGGUUAUGUAACUAACCCAAACCCUACCCCUACUCUAACCCCUAACCCUAGCCGCAACCCUAACUUUAAACCUAACCAAACUAAGAAAAAAAUCCGAAAAGAAACAACUUUAGAACUUGAUCAAUGUCAGUUUGAUGGUUGCAAACGAGUGAUUGUGAAAACCGAAGGUAUGAGGCAAGUCUUAUAUUCUCAAAUCUCAACUUGGAGGUUUUUAAUUUUUGGUAUAAUGUAUCAAGUAUAUAGACCCUCCGCUCGGGGGAUUCGGCGAAAUUUUACCCUUAGGAAAUAUCAUUAUUUCGGGCAGACACUCCAGGUCUAUAAAUGAUAAGCAUGCCAUGAGAAGUAUAAAAUUAAAGCCUCGAUGAAACCAGGAUUCGAGUGUUACAAGCAUGUGACCUUUGGCAGCUGUUCCUAAUGCUUUCCCAAAGUUAAUGCAGUUGAAACAUUCAUCAAACCUAUUUUUUUAAUCUAGAGCUUGAAUAUAUGUCCCCUGUAACAAUUAGUGACUGCCAUUUAUCAUCCACUCCCAUUCUCGCUUGACGGGAGCUUAAUGCCUAUUCGUGUAGCGGUUCAUUACCCUGUUCUAACCUAGGCCCAGAUGAUUGUGAUUUUGACGAUGAGGCAGGAUGGUGUAUAUGGCAUAAUUUAAAGAAGCCAUGGUAUCUGCGGUCAGGAGAAACAAGUAGUUCAGGAACUGGACCGGUGGGGGAUAAUAGCGGUCUUAAAGGAGGUGAUGUACAUACAUGAAGAUUAGAAUUGAACAAUGUUGUGUUUUUACAACGAGCUUUGGAAGAUGUGGGGCGGGGUUAAAUAGAAGCUGAGAUCUAACUGUACAUAAAUUGCAGCAUUCCGUUUCCAAUCGGACAUCUUUUUAUAAACUAUGCAGUACCAUAUGUUGUCGGUAAAUCGGCCAACAAUUUUCUACCCAAACUCACAAUGGUUUUCCUGAAGAAAUCUUACAAUACCAAUUAAGAUAUGAGUAUCAUUAGGAUGAUCAAACAAAGACAAAAAGUAUCCAUUGUGCUAACAUUUGAUAAUUUUAGUUCUAUUUUAUAAACUAAAAGUAAAAAAUAAUAUUAUAGUAACUUGACCAGUCCAAAUUUUUUACUUUGGUAGCUUACUUUGUUUGGGAGAAUUUCUCCCGCAGCAUACAAAAGCUGCAACAUUGCGCAUAUUUAUGUACCGUAUAAAUUUAAAUUUACUUGAUCAACUAGAAUAUCAAAACAUGUCUGAAAUGGGUAAUGUACUUUUCUAGGUCGCUAUAUCUACUUUGAAAGUUCGUCUCCUGUCCAACCUGGAGAACAAGGGAUCGUGGAUAGCAAAAUCUUCGCUCCAACCCAGGCAACAUGCAUGUUGUUCUACUUCUCAAUGUACGGAGAUACUAUGGGAAACUUAAGUGUUUAUUUACAAAAUAUGGACAGGCUUUCGCUGCAAAGUAACGGAGAAAAACUUUGGGAGAUGAUUGGUAAUCAGGGAAGGUCAUGGCACUAUUCUAACGUUACAAUUACCAGCAACACGCUAUUUAAGGUGAAUUUGCCUAUUUUUUCACUAAGAAAAUGGGAUUGCAUUCUUGCACUAAAAUUGUUACAUCAUUGACCAUUGCACUUCUCGCUAGUCGUCCAGUCUUUGUUACCUGCCUCGAAUAAAUUAGUUUUUUCCCGCAGGGCAUGUAAAUCACGUUUCACGACACAGUCAUUUCACAAGAACAAAAUUGGUUAUUAACGAAAUUACCUCGCCUUACGACCCUCUGCAUAGUCAGCUCGAUUUAAAUUCACAACCGAAAAACAGGAGAGAGAAUAUGGAUAAUGCAUUGAGAGUUUGAUCACCUUGAAUAAAUACGGUUCGAAUUUAUGGCAAGCUACCUGAAUAUCAAAUUUGAUUGUGAAUUUGAGACACCUGUGUUCUCAUCCGCCCAGACAUUUGCACAUUUCACCCCCUUUUCACAAGUGCCUCAACAAUGCGUGAAAUGCCUAAGAUUGCUAGAGUGACCUAACAUUCAAUUUUUUUCUCCUGGGAGCAUACUCCUGCAUGGACUCCCUCCCCUUCUUUUGUGAUGUAACAAAUUAUUAAGUUGCCCCCUAAAAUAAAAUCCUGGCGUCGCCACUGCUGCACACAUUUCUUGAUACUGAAACUUUCAAACUAUUGAAAGCCUAGAUUCCACACCACAUUUAUUUCUCCCUAUAUAUUACAUUUUAACACUACUGUAGCUCGAAACCAUCGAAAAUCCCCGAUUUUACCGCAGUUCCGGUUUUGAACACCUGUUGUUUCGCAAGAUUUCUAAUCCAGAAUUCACAAAAACGUGAAUCAACUACCAUAUUUCAAAUAAAAAAACUUGUAAUAUCUCUGCAUGUAUCAACAUAUUUCAGAAUUAACGGUUUUUUAUAACCGAAAGUGCACUAGAAACCUGAACUUUCGGGUCUCGUGAUAGGUGUAUAGUUCACCAAUUUUUGUCAUGGUGUUAUUAUAAUCAACUACAUAUUCGUAGGAUAGCAAAGAAACAAUACUUUAGAACAACUACAAAAUUGUUGCUGUGAGUCAAAAUAAAAUGGGGAAAAUAUUACUUUAUUUUCUAGAUACGCUUCAUUGCAACGAAAGGCUCUAAUUUUCGCAGUGAUAUGGCGUUGGAUGAUAUACGUUUUAAUAACCAAUCGUGUUUAACAUUGACAAGUACUGCCAGGCCAACUUUACCACCUACAACAGAGAAGACGAGCACAUUAAAUCCAACAACUACUGAAACUCGAACUACGUCGUGUAUGUAUCAUCAAUCAUGCCUUUUUAAAACAUUUAACACUUCUUAAGGUGCUCUAAUAUUCAAAACAUGGCCGUUCAUGAAUUUUUUUGAAGGCAAAUUUUUACUGCCAGAAUUAUGCAAAUUAUGUCCACAAAACUUCAAUUAACCAAUAAUGAGUACUAUCUGUAAUGGUAACGAAGACAUGACCUACUGUUGAAGGGCUUUCGUCGAUGGACUAAAAAAUUUCGAACGAAAAUUCUGUGCAUAUUUUAGAAAUAACCAGAAAUAUGUUUGAGAAAAGCAACUAUGCCCCAAUUUGUCACUAGUUACGCCCAGUCAGGUCUAAAAUAUCUAUAUCAUUUUCCCUUGAAAUCUGCCUUAUCGAGCGAUGUAGCCAAAUCGGGAAUAUAUAAUCUUCUAUCAUUACCGUAGAAUACAUUCAUGAAUUUAUUGCAACUGGUUUUGUUUUUGGCAUAUAGUUUUCGCUUGAAAUUUCCAUCAACAAAACCGUUCAGCAUUCUGCUCCUCGAUUGGAUAUUCACUUCUAAAUUCACUAUCGUUGUAUUGAGAUGUCCGAAGACGAACAAAGUGUCCUUGAGUAGAAUUUUAUAGUAGCAUGCAGUACAUCGUGUUUCCUUCACUGUGCUGUGGUUUAUCAUUUUCUUUUGUCGUAUUUAGCUACAAAUCGAGAACGCUUUAUGAUAUACAAUUCAGCACACGACAAAUGCAUCAGCAUUGAUGGUUUAAGUAAAGUCACCGCUAGGACUUGUGCAUUGGCAUCUCCUAAUAGAAUGUGGAAGUGGACGAAAUAUGGCCAGCUGCAGAAUAUAUUUACGCUCGGAUGCCUGACCGCGCCUGAUCCUCCAGUAGACUGGGGACGAGUUGAGCUAGCGGUUUGUGACAAAAAUUAUGGUCUCCAAAUAUGGUCAUGUUCGGACGAUUUCGUCAGGCUGGCCGACACAACGCUGAACUUGAAUUUUGGUAAUUUUCAAGGUGGAGAUUACGUAGUUCUUUUUAAGGGGACUGGUGGCUGGAGUAAGUGGAAGCUGUUUGGUAAAGAAAAGAGCAUCUGUGAAAAACGUAAAGGUAUAUAUAGUCAAAACAAGUCAAGAACGAGUAAACAAUGCACAGGUCGUUGGUUUGAUUCUUCACCCGGUCAAGCUUUUCUCUUUAGUUAUUUCGCUGUGGAGCCACUCGGAAUAGCAUCAUCAAACGUAACUUACCCCGUGAUAUAAUCCGGCAAUCUUUAAAAAACUGAAUUUGUACGUGAUAUUUUUCUGACGUAUUGAUCGUAUAUGUGCAGCUGAUACCCCGAGUGUCUCGUUUGGGCGGCCCUUUAGCUCAGUGGUCAAACACGCUGCUAGGUAAAGCAGAGAUCCUUUGUUUGUUUCCUUGACGAGAAGAUUCAAAAAUCAAUUUUUUUCGACAGUCAAAAACUACCCAUAUCAUUCCGUCAUAUACCAUCAAUGAUGCCAAGCAAGAGUGUAUUUUCUGCAAGCUGCUCAGUCCGGUUAGAAAAGGAUUUUAUCCAAUGUCUUAUAAAACUCUUUCGAGACACAAGAUAAUUUUUUAUUUUCAACAGAAGCGGGAUACAUUCUUACGGUAUAGCUUUUGGCUUAUAUAUCAUUAUGGCCAUAUUUUGGCGUUAGAUAAAUUUGACAAAAAACAUAGUUUGCUACAUUAGAAAAUACUAGAAAGGCAAUUUAAAUAAUACAUCUCAGACGCAUUACUAAUUCAUGAGUAAAUUAUCCAACCAUAUUGCUUUAUUUUGUUCACAUAGAUUAACUGGAUAGCUGCUCAAGUAUAUUGAUCCAGUCCUAGGAACCUGGUCAAGUAUAUUGAUCAAAAUUAUUUGAGUCCUUGGACUGGAUCAAAAUUAAUGUACCUCACUCGUAGUGAUUGAUUCGUAUGAGAUGUGAUUUCAAAUCGUCCAAUUCAGACUAGACUAGAUUUCAAGUCCUCGCACUUGAAAUCUAGUCCAGGCUCAUAGUCGGAUUUGAAAUAUUACUUCUUAUUCCAGAUAAUCUUUCAACGACUCCGCAGACACAAUCUACAGUGCAAACGACAGUGCAGUUGACAACGAAGCUAACUUCUACCCAACAACCGACAACAACAUUGGGUCCGUCUACAAGAAAUCCAACGGAAAUUACAACUCCAAGUAAGUGCACUUAAAAUUAUAUACAUGCAGAACAUCAUUCAAUUGCGAAAUCGUGCCCAUAAUUCUUCACGAAAGUUUGUAGAAACGUGAUACCUUUUGUGGAAUAUCACCAAAAUGUUCUGGUGAAAAUUAUACGUUUGGCCAAAAAUAUCGCCUGAAGUAUAUUUUUAACCAAGGGGUGUUAACAGUGUAGGUAUAUUCAGGGCCGCAGAGAGAGGGGCAGGGAGGGGGGGUGAGCAAAUUGCCCCGGGCCCCCACCUUAAUAGGGCCCCAACUUGAGUGCGAGAGCUUAAAAUUGAGUAUGUUCUUUAAAUUGGUCAGAGCAAUUUUGAAAUUGAGGGCACCUUACAAUUCCUCCACAUGCAGUCUAGCUAAGGUCUAUUUGGGUCUAGCUUAAAAAUAAUGAUGUCAUGGGGCCUCCAAGGAGGUUUGGCCCGGGCCCCAUAAAUUCUCUCGGUGCCCUGGGUAUAUUAUUCUAAGAUGAGCUACCGUGAUUGACACCCGAACUAAUUGAAAAAAGAUGUCUCAAAUGUUGGUGUCCAAAUUUUUUUAUAUAUAUUAUUAGUGACCUGUAAUCGCUCUAUUAACGCGUAUUUUCAUUGGUCUUUAGCUCCAUCAGCCAAAGGUUUUCUCAUCUACAGCGCUGCUCACAACAAGUGCAUCUCAAUGAUUGGAAACGAUAUCAUCACUGCGAGGCCAUGUGACCUGAUAUCUGCUAAUCAGAUGUGGCGGUGGACACAAUGUGACCAACUUCAAAAUAGUUUCAGCCAAACAUGUCUCAGCGCACCUGAAACACCAGUGAACUGGGAUCGUCUGAAAUUGUCCACGUGUGAUUGCCAUGACAACCAUCAAGUGUGGGCAUGCACAGAUGACUUCGUAAGGUUGAAUGGUACAAUACUGAACGUGAAUUACGGGAAUAGUCGAGGCGGAGACAGCAUUGUGCUGUUUCAAGGGACUGGGACCUGGAGUAAAUGGAAGGUCUAUGGAGAGGACCUGCCCGUGUGUGAAAAAAGAAAAGGUAUAUAGAAGAUAAGUGGAGAUUUCAUGCCUUGCGCAAUUGCAAUAUUUCCAUGCAGUGGUGAAUUUUGAAUGGAACUUAACUUCUGCGACACAGAAUACUAAACAGAAGUCCAUCUCCAUUGUUUUUUGCGUAAGCUCUAUUCUCAUGAUUCGUCACUCAGCAAGUACCGUAACAGAAGCAGUCCCCCCUGGAAAUACUAAAAAUGACGCACAUCCAGGGGGAUGACUGCUUCUGUUUACGGUACUUGCUGAGUGACGAAUAGCGCUUACGCAAAAAACAAUGGAGUUGGACUUCUGUGUAGUAUUCUGUGUCUGCGACAUGGUUUGGGACCUUCAGCUUGUAUUGUUGCUGUUUUCGUAAAAGUCUAAAUUUUGCCUAAGUCUUGUGUUAGACGAGUGUUUCCAUAAGUCCACGAAAUACCAUGGAAUUUUUCGUGGUUCUACACUUCUCUUUUAGGUAAUGCUAAAUACUCUCUUUAAGGGAAUUGAUGAAGCCCCCCCCCCUCCCCCGCAUUUAUAAAGCUUGUUAGUUUAGGCUUCCUGCUGUUGUAGUAUUGCAGCAAUCAGGGAUGGCCCUUACUAAACCUCUAGCAAGAGCAAUUUAGAACUGAUGGCGCUAUCCAGUACAAAGCAAGUUUGUGUAGUUUAGGUUUCCCAUUGUACGUAACACUGGAUUUAAUGAAUGGCUAUUACUUUACCAGUGCGAAGAACAAUUCUGAACUGACAGAGCUAUGAAGUAUAAAAAAUGUUAUUGACAACUCACGUUCGACAAGAUACGAGAAGGAUUGCAAAUCUCUUUGCUGUUGACUCAUAAGCUUCCUUCAAACAAAUUUUGUAGAUGUUAUUGUAACAACGACACCAGUGCCACCUACGACUCCUCAGCCAACGACUAAUCCAUCAACACCAAUUGAGAUCUCAACAGCGACGCCUACCUUACCACGUGAGUUUAACUAGAUAUUCCUUCCAAACUUAAUAAGUUUCCGAAACUUAUAGCGAUAUAUAAAAAGAAGGUUUUGAUGUUCAUUGUCGUUUAAAUGGCAAGUUUAACAUGCGUUAUUGUGGCAGCGUAAUCUGGAAUUCUAUUGUUGGUGAAAUAAAAUCCUUAAAAAGAUAUAAAUUUAAGGCGUCAUUUAAAAAAUCACUCCAUCAAACGUACCUUUGGCGAAUCUGGCUUUGUAGACAUCUUUGAUGGUACAAUAUUUAUACUUUCAUGUAAAUAACUUAAUAUUUAUGUGUAUGUGUCGUUUUUUUGUUGUUUUUCUUCUAUGAUAACUUUUUGAUGUAUUAGUGAGCUAAGUUUUUUUUUCUUUUUAUAUUGUAUUUCUUAUCUGCCAUCUUGUUUUGUCUCCAAGUUGAAUCACACGUGCAUGCUACCUAACUUGGUUAGCUUUUAUAUAAUAAUGUAGUUAUUAUAGGUAGCCUUUACUCUAAUUUCAGUAUUUCUAAUUUUUUUUUUAAUUCGCGCUAUGUAAUGAAAGAGUAAAAUUAAAUUAUCUUAUCUCUCAAUUAAAAAGAAAUUAUUUCAGGUGCCAGAUAUAGAAUUUCACUCAUCAAUAAUGCAAGGCAAUGGCAUUGCGAAAAUAUCACUACUUUCGAUGACAUACUGUAUGUGAACCAGGCAUCGUUAACACAAAGCUUGUCAAGGCAUCUCACUCAUUACUUUUCAUUUGUCUAGCACUCCGUAGGAACGAGUUUCUAAUCUACAACGCCGAUCUGAAUAAAUGUGUAACAAUUGAAGACUCUGUUCUAACCGCCGGGUCAUGUGACCUACCUUCGCCAAAUAAGGUGUGGCGUUGGACCCCAUUUGGACAGAUUCAAAAUAUUUUCAGCCUUGGAUGUCUCAGCGUACCAGAUAAACCAAGCAAUUGGGCGAGAGUUGAGGUAGUUAAAUGUGAUCGACAAAAAGUGAGGCAGAUGUGGAUAUGCGCAGAUCAUAUGUUGAGACCGAAAGGCACUAUUUUGAAUCUUAACUUUGGUAACGUUCAAGGUGGAGAUUCCGUGGUACUUUUUCAGGGCGCUGGAUCCUGGAGUAAAUGGCAAGUGUUCGGUGAGGGAAAUAACAUUUGUUCAAAACAAAAAGGUAUGGUAGUUACAAAUUCUUCUGUGGUGUUACACAAGGCAAUAUUGCUGGCAACUUUAAAGGCAACAGAUUGUUGCGUUUCAAGUUGUUGCAAAAAUUGUCUCAUGUACCAUCCAUAAGCCCGGGUUUCCAACACGUCAAAGACUAAUGAUUCCAACAGAUUCUGCCCCAGAUUCCAUAUAUUGUUUUGAGAAAAGUUGUUUAAUGUUAAAAAUCGCACAUCACCGCGACGCCAAUUCCUAACAUUUUUAUGUUAAAAUUUGUUUAGUUGGAAAUUAGUUUUGCUUCCACAAUUAGGUCGCAAAUAAGUGGCUGAAAUGCGCAAUAUCUUUUCAUCGAAAGGCCUAAAACCCAGCCUCGCAAGCAAGGGCCUCCACACCCGCGGCGGGACGGAGACCCUUGUAAAGGCUGGUCACGUGACCUCCCAGAUUCUGGGAAGUAAAUCAAAUUAUACUGAGAGAGGGGUGGUUGAGGAGCGGGUCUGUAAAUUUCUCAUAUUCCCCGAAUAUGAGAAAUUUACAAACCCGCUCCUCAACCACCCCUCUCUCAGUAUAAUUUGAUUUACCUCCCAGAAUCUGGGAGGUCACGUGACCAGCCUUUACAAGGGUCUCCGUCCCGCCGCGGGUGUGGAGGCCCUUGCUUGCGAGGUUGCCUAAAACCGCCGUAUAAGUCCGUCAGCUUUCCUCAAUACUUUACAAUCGUCUGUGCUACCACAAUUCAUAAAUUUCAACAUUAGAGACGAGAUCGUUUGUUAUUAUUAGAGACGAGAGAGUUUGUAAAUUACAGCCCGAAAUUAAGUAAACGCGAUAUUCAAAAAUUUAAAAAAAAAUAAAACAAUCCCUAGACUGAAGGGCUUCACACUAGAACAACGUGAUGAGCAUUCUCAUGUAAUGAUAUCGAUCAUUAAAUGGGAGUGACUUUGAGACUGAAAGGGAAAAGGCCGAUCUCCGCAAGAGUUGAUAUGUUAGUUAUUUCUGGCGACAGGUUGAUAUUUAAUAUGGGAACUGCUUCUUUAGUAAAGCUACGAGUUUUUCUGCUGAGAUUAUUUACAAAUCCAAUAUACAAAUUCUCCCAAACGUUCUUAAUUUUUGAAAUAUUUGAUAACCAAAACCUUUUGCCAUCUUCCAUCUUUAUAUAAUUUGAUCUUUUUAAUUAAUCCCAUAAUUUAUCACACGCAUUUUAUGCAUGAUUGAUUUCUUACAUAUUCUUUAUAAAAGUUUUAAUAUUUAUGCGUAAAAGGCUAGUAUGUCAAAAUAGUCCAAGUUUUAUUGGUCGCGCGUUGGACUUAAUGUAGACCAUACUUGGUACUGUGGCAGUUCGCGAAACUCAUUCUAAAUUUGCAGUCUAUUAAUUAAAGUGUGUUUCAAACUAAACAAUUUUGUGCGCAAGCCAUUUUUAAAGUGGUUCUAAAAAACAGUCCUCGCUGAACACGAAAAUUUACUUUUCGGAAUACUUUUGUGAUAGAGAUGCCAGAAGACCCCAAACUACCCGUACCAUAACAUAAAGUUGAUAAGCAUUUUGCGAAUUUACAGUUUAGUGGACAUUUUAGAACUGUUCACGUGCACUUUUUUAUAUACCUAUAGAAUUUACCUGAAAAUAUUUCGGGGGCACUUCCUUUUCGUGUGUUGCGUAUAAUUGUAUAUUGUGUACGUACAAACGUUUACUAAUUUUUGUAUCUGAUUAUAAUAUAUUUUCCUUUUCCCAGGGUUUCAAAUUUAUAAUGCUGAUCACGACAAAUGCAUGUCAGUCAGUAACACUGACGUCAUAGCGAGGUCAUGUGACACUAGUGACGUAAAUGAAUGGUGGACGUGGACGAAUAAAAACCAAUUAAAGAACCAGAACCUGAGUAAGUGUCUGGACGUGAAUGGUGACAUUAAAGAUUGGACAAGACUACAUAUAUCUGUUUGCGACCAUCUUUCCCCUGGCCAGCUCUGGUCAUGUCACCACGAUUUAGUUCACGUCAUUGGUACGGGCUUGAAUAUGAACUAUGGUAACAAAGCCGAGCCUCAUAUUGUUUUGUAUAGUGGUACUGGCCCGUGGAGUCGAUGGGAAAUCUUUGGCACUUCCGUCAACGUGUGCGACGCUAAACCACAAUGAUUGGUUUUGACAUUGUUGAAAUAUUUUGAUGCUCUUCAUUAAUUAGGUUCGAUAAUUAGGGUUUGAGGUAUACAUGGUCGUUGUUGAAUCAUCAGGUGCACAAGAUGUCUGUUGCUGCACAAGACGCCCCAAGUAGGGAAUAUUUCUCCCAAUUUAGACUUUCUCACAAUGACGAAUAUCCGCCAUUUUUGGGUGGCAUCUAAUUCUCGUUAACCAGCGCAGACAAUUAAAACAAUGUCAAAAGCAAUUUUUCAAAAUAAACUAACCAUUUACAAAGCAAAUUUACCAUCAUUAGUCCAAAAAAUUAUAAAAAGUCGAUGUCGACUUAUCGCACAGACUUCGGCUGAAUAAAAGCCACCCAAAAAUGGCGGCGUGAGAAAGGCUAAUUGGAAAGGUUGUUAAGUGUUAACAGUACUAGUUGGAAAGCACAAAGAUGUGAUUGAAAACCGCUCCAGCGCAGUGUGAAAUUGUGAAUCUAGUCAUUUAAUUCAAACAAUGCUUUAAUGGUGUUAUUGAUAAUAUUGCGCAAGUAAUGUCGCUUGAAAGUGCAUGAAGACCUUUUUCCAUCUUGGCAUUGCUAUAAUUUCUUGGCAUGACAGGCCUUUAGCCUUGACUUUUGAUGUUGAGGCACCUCUAGUGGAGUGGGCCUUGAAAUGAGAUGUGUCAAUUCCUACCAGAGGACCUUGUGCUGCAUUCUUCGCAGUCGUUCUUGGUUAGGUCUUAAAAUUUAUAUAUAUACUCACUUGGAUUACAAACCCUAACAUUCUAAUAUUAAUUCCACCAAGUGAAGUGCAAGAAUCCAAAUAAUGGUAUCAAGCACAUUUUAAACAAGUUUUAAAUAGAUUUCAAGCAGAUCAUAGCUGUUUAACCAUCGACAAGGUAAAACGUUAACCACAACUUUGUCCAAUUCGGCGCCAUUUUGUCAUCCCAUGUCGGUUGUCAACAAUUCGGCCUUGUUAUUCUUCCAUCCAAGCCAUUUUCAUUCCACUAAUAACAAAUUGAACCUUUUGUUAAGGGUAUCAAAAUAAAUAUGUAAACAAAAUAAAAAAAUACAGCAUUUUAUCACCCUGUAAAAUGUUGCUUACGAGUCUUUCAAAACAUUCCGUACAAAUAUCGCGUGGCAAAGCAACAGGGUGGUGGAGACUUUGAAGAUAUAAAGCAAAGCAAAAGCACGCAGUAAGACCAACAAUCAACAUUUAAUUAUUUACAGUAUGACAUAUUUAUAUUGUCGCUACAAGAAAUAAAACAAACGUUUGUAUGAUUGUAUUUAGUUUUUACUCCAUUUCACGAAGCCUUCUUCUAUCUUCGUUAAAAAGUUCACCCCCCCCCACCCCCCCUGUCACAGCCUUUUUGCUUUGCCACGCGAGAUUUGUACGGAAUGUUUUGAAAGACACGUAAGCAACAUUCUACAGGGUGAUAAAAUGCUGCAUUUUUUUUAUUUUGUUUACAUAUUUAUUUUGAUACCCUUAACAAAGGGUUCAAUUUGUUAUUAUGGAUUGAAAAUGGCUUGGAUGGAAGAAUAACAAGGCCGAAUUGUUUACAACCGACAUGGUAUGACUAAACGGCGCCGAAUUGGACAAAGUUUUGUUUUACCUUGUCGAUGGUUAAACAGCUAGGAUCUGCUUGAAACCUAUUUAAAACUUGUUUACAAUGUAGUUGAUACCAUUAUGUCUGAGCUGCCGUACAUAUUUGGAAGGAUUUCAACGGGAUUGGCGAUAAACAGCGGAGUAAAUUGGAGAAUUUUGCCAAAACGUCCAUUUGCAGGAGGUAGGUACAUUUCAAAUUAUUAUAACUACUUUACAGCAAAGCAGUGAUAAUCUACUUAAAUAAGUACCAAUUAUAUUUCUAUAAAGGUAAUGUAGGUCCACUGCUGUUUAUCUGAAUUUGUAAGUCACAAAUUGACGUUUAAUUGACUAUGAGUAUUGCAUGGUCAUUUUCUUGUGAAAUAUCAGUGCUAGGCAUUUCACACUUACCAAUGACCUCUCCUAAAAGCACCAUCUCUGAACCAUAUAAGCACCUCAGAAUAGCCAAAGCUUUUAUGGUUUGGUAGAUAGCACUACGGCGAGAGCGUCGUUUUUGGGUGUGGUCAGUUUCGGACGUUUCGCCCUGGAUUGGAGUUCGGGCUGCGUCACCAUGUCGACCGUCAUGGUCAACUUGCCCUAAAACAGUUGAGAUUAUUUGUCCUAAAUGAAAUGCAUACAAACUCAUAUACAGGUCCUAGACUAUAGUUGUUUAACCAUCGACAAGGUAAAACCUCAACUUUGUCCAAAUGCGGCGCCAUUUUGUCAUCCCAUGUCGGCUGUCAACAAUUCGGCCUUGUCAUUCUUCCAUCCAAGCCAUUUCGAUUGCAAUAAAAACGAAUUUAAGAGCGACAUUUCGAGCGAAUGCCAUUCGUCGGGAAAGAACCUUAUGCUCGCUUUAAAAUCUUCAAAAUAAACUAUUGUAGGAUCAAAAUACUAUCAAAAUGAAGAGAAAAGUGAUACGAAUCUAUCGUUUUGAGAAAGACCCCUGGGAACGAAGUUGACGAACGAUACGAAAAUUAUCAAGGAUCAAAAGUACUGCAUUGUUUUAAUUAUUUAAAUAUAUGUCAACAAUACAAUUUCGCCUGUCUUUAGAAGGCCAUAAAUCGCCAGAAUAGUGCUGUUUAGUAAUGAAUUUCGCAUCCGUAAGAACAAUUCCAUACGCUGAUUCGAACGAUGGCACUUUUUGUUCUUGUAAUUUGGUGCAUAAAAUCAGAGAUGGUCGGUCCUGAGGGUCCGAAAUUAAUUGAUUUUCCCCCAAAAAAGAAAUUCAAACGACGUGCAAGGAAUUUUUCUUAGCAGUUAAAGAAUCAUUUUGUUCCGAACAAUUUCUAUUCUGACGCUGGCUAUGGCAGAACAUAAAGCUGUGCCAAACUUGGCACGGAGAGCGCAGUUUUGCAACAAGGGACAGUAACUCUUCCAUUGGCCAUAUGAUGGUAGGACCGUCUAAACAUGCGUAUCACUAUAGCUCCAGCGACUUAACGCUCUUUUGUAAUAUUAUUUCAUCGUAUUUGUAAUUGAUCAAUUACCCUUUCUUAUUGUUUUAAAAUUUUAAGUAAAGUCUAAAGAGGAAAGCAAAAUUAUUUUUACGCUAAAGGCAAAAUUUGAAACUCAAACUUUUUCGAUAAAAAGUAGUUUAGUUUUAAGAAGAUUUUAAAAGUUUCGCGAACGUUUGUGGUUUCAAAUUUGUAUAGGAAAUCGCAUGGGGCCGAGUAAAAUUAAGGUUUAAUUUCACGCGUGUUUUCAAAGUUUCACACACUGUGAAAUUAAUUAAACCUUAAUUUUACGAGGAACUAUGCGAUUGCUCGUUAAUCAUAGAGGGCAAAAAUUAUUCGUAAGUUAAUUGUGAACUUGCCAAGUUCAGGAACUUGACAAGUUCACAAUUAACUUACGAAUAAUUUUGUCUUCGCCUUUUCGCUGAUGUUUCUUAAAUGCUGCCCUGCCUGCCAAUUUCUUAAAUACUCCAACCAAUAAUUUUGUACUUUUUAAAAUCUUAAAGAUACCACGGCAAGCUAUUCUUAAGUACCAGAUAAAUUAAACAUGAGCAGCCGUUCUGUAUUUGAUAUACAAACUCGAGCCGAAGGAAAUGAGUUCAUUAGCGAAGUAAUUUUAAAAAUAAUCAUUGCCUAAGCCGAGAAAUUCAAAGCUGAAAUUUAUGUAAAUCAGGACAAAUCUUUAUCCGAUUAGUUGACCUGCACGUAAGCACAUAAGCGAACGUAAAGCCUCAUUAAUAUCAUUAGACACCUUAAGAUUGACGUUUAUUUUAUUUACGCCUGACCGCAAACCGCGGUUUGCCGUCAGCGGUUUCACGUUUGCCGUACUUGCAAAUAUGAAAUUAAGAUUGACUUUUUCUUCGCGUUCAAUUUUUUCCGUCGAAACUAUAGGAUCCAUUUGAACUGUGCCAUCCUGUCAAAAACAAAUGUCACUAUAUCAAUCUGUUAAAAUGAAUUGAAAUAUGAAAGUAUAAAUGUAAGUAACUAUGUAAGUAUGUUUAAACAUGGACUGUGAAAAGGUCAUCGAUGAUUUUGAACUUGCUUUAUCGUGAAUGUUCAAAUGUAAACGUUUAUUAAUUAAAACGAUUCAAACCACGACUUAAAAUAAACAAAUCUCAAUUUAAGAAAUCUAUCAUACCAAAAUCGGCCACAAAAUAUUGAACUGACAAUCGAAAUUUUAUGUUUGUUUAACCCAAAUAAAUUAGAGAGUCGAUUGGGCGCCAUGUUGUUUAUAUAUCGAACUUAUACAUGGUUCGGUUAAAAGCACGCGGAAUAUGAAACAUUUCCCGUUAAAAACAACUUUUAUCCAUCCAAAUCAAAGAUAAGAUGAUUGUAUAUUUGUCUUAAUAUAUGUCAUAUAACUAGUGAUGGGCGAUACCGAGUACUCGGUAUUCGAUACCAGCGAUACCACAAACAACGGUUUCGGUAUCGAUUACUGACGUGGUAUCGUUCGAUACUUGCACCAUUUUUUAAACGACUUGUUUAAUUUCACUUCUUAGUUGAAUAAAACUUAAUGAACCACUAAAAUAACUCUUAAUAUUCCAAAUGUGGUGCGCCAAGUCAUGUAUAGAAAAUAUUACUUUUCGGGCUUUUGGUUUACUUAUAGCUUUAUUUAUUUUACAUACAGUAAUGUAAAAUGUUUUUCCGCUGACCGGCAGGUAUCGAAAGUAACCGAUACUAGCAAUUUAAGUAUUCACUUCCGGUAUCGAAAAUUGAAAGUUUGUGUUUAUUUUGGUAUCGAAAUAGGUAUCGGUAUCGGCCGAUACCGAUCUUAAAAGUAUCGGUAUUGGUAUCGAAUUAAAAAUCCUGGUAUCGCCCAUCACUACAUAUAACGUGCAAUGAAGUAAUGACAGUUGAAUAAAUUGCUGAGGUAAAUCACUUACCUGUAGAAUGCAUUCUUGAGGUUUAAAAC